AUUGCUUGUAGUACAACAGAGCAAAAAAAUGGUUAAUCUAAAUCUUUGUCUUCUAACUUUUUCUCUCUCCUUGUGUACAUUCACUGCAUUUGCAGAUGACCUAGUUGCUGUCAACUAUUACGCUGAGUCCCUCUGUCCUGACUGCCUUGCAUUUUCCAAGGGACCAAUGAAUGUUGCCAUUGACAAGGUUGGCUCAAUAUUUACUCUAACAUAUGUUCCUAGUGGUAAUGCUAAGCUUCAGUCUGACGGUACUCUUAAAUGUCAACAUGGUCCUAUGGAGUGUCUUAUUAACAAGGUUGAUGCUUGUCUCCUUCAUUAUUAUCCAGAUAGGAAGGACUUCUGGCCAUUUAUACAUUGCAUGGAUGAGGAAGGACAGGAACAGGAUCUUGAAGUAGGCUCUAAUUGUGCUAAGCAACAAGGAUUAGAUUGGGAUAAGAUCAAGACUUGUACUGAUGGAUCACUAGGUACUCAGUUACAAAUGAUGGCUUAUAAUACUACUGCUAAUCUUGAGCCACCUCAUCGAUACACUCCAUGGGUUACUGUAAAUGGCAAGCAUGAUGCUCAAGCUGAAGGUUUUGCUCUGAUAUCAGUUAUCUGCAAAGCUUACACUGGUCCUAACAAGCCAGAUGCUUGUUCAAGCCUUUAACACAAUACAUGCAUUUACCUUGAAAGUAUUUGCUAGCUGCUAAAACUGUCAAUAUUGUUGUAUCUGCUUGCUGAAUGAAAAAAUAUUAUUAUUGCUAAAUUUUACAUUAAAUUUUUAUUAAAUUCACAAAUACUGUAAUCACAAUUACAAA